AUGACGUCUUCCCUCCGAAUAGGCCAAUUUCUUCGGGGUCAGAAUGGAAUAUACGCCGUUGGCAAGCAACUACAAGAGACGGUUUGGCUUGCAAGCAAACGCGAAAGCAAUGAACCCGUAAUUGUGAAAAGCGUCCAUCAUUUUCGCCUCCAGAAUGAGCGUGACGUGUUGAACCGCUUUCGAUCUCGUACUCCCUACAUACGCCCUUUAAUCGAUGAAAUAGUCGAGCCAUCUGAUCCACCAGCCAUAGUCUUGAGAUAUUUAGACGAUCAUCUUCUGAACGCGUCUAUCUCUCAACGACUUACAAAGCUGGAGAUCAGAUAUGUUGCAAGAAGGAUUUUAGAAGCCCUGAAAGUUCUCCAUGAGGAUAAUUUUGUACACACAGGUAAGUGCAAUUAUCACCUGGGCUAUAUUCACUAUCUUAUCUUUCCUGAAGACAUCAAGCCCGACAACAUUCUUGUAAACUAUGGCCAAGGGGAUGUGCGAUUUACAGAUGUUCAAGUAGCAGACUGUGGGAGUACGGUUUCUUCGGAUUCUGCAUAUGCCAAGGAUGGUGACUUGAUUGGAGCACCUAUCUGGAGGAGCCCUGAAGCGCAGCUCCAAAUCGGCUGGGGUACACCAACAGACAUAUGGUCCUUUGGAGCAUUACUUAUAACCUUGCUAUAUGGAGGCAAUUUCUUCAUAUUCAAACCAGACGUUCCCGCAGAUCACGAUGAUUACGAACUAAAGAUUCUUCAGAGGCAGUGUGAGUUCUUUGGGCCAUUCCCUUUGACAUAUCGCGAAAUUUGCCCUCAGGAGAAGUUGAAUGCCCUCGCAUAUAUCAUGCAAAGUAUUCCUCCCGAAAGGAGAAAGCUUUUCUCCCGGAUUUCAGAACAGGAAAUAUCCAAGGAGGACAAGGAGUUCGUUUUGAAAGUAAUGAAGCUUGAUCCAAGAGACAGACCUUCCGCAGCAGAGCUUUUGCAGGACAAGUGGUUCGCGGCAUAA